GGUGCUUGUAUUGUAUUAGUAGUAGUUUGUGGUCUGGUGGCAAUCGGGUGCAAAGAAAACGACUUUCCAAAAUUGCUUCUGUGGAAGAAAUCAAUUAUUUCAAAGACAAAUUGACUUAAAUUGUAACGUAAUAGUAAAGGUCGAUAUUUAGUAAGACGAUGUCGGCUACUGAAUUACACACUUACUUUACAGGGAAUAAUACGUACAAGCUAAUAAAUCCCAUAAGUCAGCGUAUUGGAGAUUUUACGCCGUUUUACAUAGCCAUAGCGAUUUGCACUGUGAUUUUGGGACUGAUUCUGAUCCUGAAUAUUGUGUGCUGUUGCUCUCGUUAUUCUGACUAUUGGCUCGAUCGUCACACAGGUAAUCGUUGGAUAGUGUCAAUCUGGUCUGCGACUCCUCACAAGCAACCUCCUCUUGACUUUACGGAGUUAGAAGCUAACUAUCAGCCAGUUCAUUACGUACAUCCAUACCCUGACGAGUAUCACGAAGUGCAUAAACGUGAAGAAGUGCCUGCUUCAUUCUCUCGGCAACCGCUAACAACAUCACAAGAGUACUUAGAACUGCACAAGCGAGAAAGCGAUAUCUAAAAUGGCAUUCCUUAUGAUUUAU